AUGUUUGUUAAACCAACCGAGAAGUUCCCGCUUGCCAGAUAUAGAGCUGGCGGCGGACAUCCAACCGGCCAACGCAACGGAAUCGAGGAGAAUCUAGAAGAGUCCUUCUUCCGCCAUUUCACCCAAUUAUUCAACAAAUAUGCCGGACCCAAUGGUACAUGGCAUCGAGACCAGAUCGGUCUUUUCAUGCAUCACAUCCAAGUCGAAAACCCAGAAGGUCUGGCUAGUUACCUCGUCGAUCAAGAUGAGUUAAGUCUACCUGAACUCAUCAAGUAUCUCACCUCACCGUGCGGCAACAUUCUCGAAAUGGCUGCUCCUCAAGAUUUGACAUGGCCGUUGAACAAUUACUUUAUCAGCUCGAGCCAUAACACUUAUCUUACUGGGAACCAGCUUUCCAGCGACUCGAGCACUGAAGCGUAUAAAGACGCGUUGCUACGGGGAUGUCGCUGUAUUGAGAUUGAUGUCUGGGAUGGUAAAGAGCAGUGGAAGCCGGGAUUCGGCUCAGAUGAUGAAGAGAGAGAAGUGAAGGAUACUACUCGGGAAGCUGCGCCUAGAAAGAUGGGCUUUGCAGAUCGAGCUAUCAUCAAGAUUGGACGCUGGGCCAUGAAUAAGUUUGAUCCUGUUGAUCCUGACGGCAAAACGAUCGAUGACAGACUUUUGGAUGUUAUCGACGCGGAGCCAAGAGUUCUUCAUGGCUUCACUCUCACGAAAGAGGUUCUCUUCCGAGACGUCUGCCAGACCGUCAAAGAGUAUGCUUUCACCACGUCUGAUCUCCCACUUAUCGUCAGUCUGGAAGUCCACUGCUCCCCCCUCCAACAAGGCUCAAUGGUCAACAUCAUGGAGGAGGUCUGGGCAGACUAUCUCCUCCCUGCACCUGAAUUUGACUCAGAUAGUCUGCCAUCUCCUCACGAGCUGAGGAACAAGAUUCUCAUCAAGGUGAAAUAUGUUCCCGAGGACGGCAAGAAGGGCAAGGACAUGCCUGAUAGUACGGAUGAUGAGAGCAUGCUUGAGGUUGUUGUGGAGGGAGACGAGAAGAAGGUCAAGAAAGUCAAGCCGCCAAAGAUCAUCCCGCGCCUGAGCCGUCUUGGUAUUCAUACCCGAGGAAUUAGCUUCAAGUCCCUUGACGAGCCUGAGGCUUCGAUGCCGAAUCAUAUCUUCUCACUCUCAGAGAACGCCGCAUUUGCGAUUCAGAGACGCAUGCCAAAGGCGCUCUUCUCACACAACAGACAGUUUCUCAUGCGGACGUAUCCUCAUGGUAUGCGGUUUGACUCGUCCAACUAUGACCCUGUCAUUUUCUGGCGCGCUGGUGUUCAGGUCGUAGCGCUCAACUGGCAAUCAUGGGACCUAGGUAUGGUGCUCAAUGAGGGUAUGUUCAUGGGCUCAGAUGGAUAUGUACUUAAGCCAGAGGGAUAUCGUCAUGACCCAAGCGAGCAACAGAGCAUCGAGGAGUCUCACAUUCCUAGCAAGACAUUGGAGAGAGUGGCCAUAACUAUCAUCGCAGCACAGAACCUCCCCUUACUCAACCGCCACGAUGAUCCUGCAAAGUUUAUUCCUUACGUCAAAAUUGGUCUACACACAGAACCCGAUGCAAUCUCAGCUAUGGUCGAUGAGAAUGCUACGGCUGAGCAGGUCAAGCAAGUUGGAUACAGCGGCGAAACUGGGAAAAGCAAAGGAACCAGUCCGGACUUUGGAGGUGAGACGGUUGAGUUCCUCAAUGUCGGGGGAGUUGUUCCGGAAUUGGCUUUCCUUUCAUUCCGGGUCAUGAAUGACGUUCCUGGACCUGAUGUAAUGGCUGCUUGGGCUUGUGUUCGUUUGGACAGGCUGAGGCUUGGAUAUCGCUUUUUGAGGGUGCUGGAUAAGGAGGGUAUGCCGAGUAAGGGUAUAUUGUUGAUGAAGAGUGAGAUCAGGGAAGCCUUGUAG